GAGCUAACCCUGGUUUCCCAGCCAGUUAGGGGCGGUUUGGCCAACCAGUCUCCCAGAUUUCCUCUUCUAAAAACGCUCAGCUGCUCUUUUGGCUUGAGAAGUAGCUCGAAGUAGCGCAGCGCCGUUAGCUCGACCCCUAACGCCGUGAGUGAUACGGCUGUAAUUGCGGUUACUUUGCCGUCGAUUCCGUGUAGUUUCGGUCGGUCUUUGUCAGCGUUAAACUGCUGUAAGUUACUAAAUCCGGCGUUAAUGGAGUACCCGGCCUGUCUGAAGUUAGACGGCUAUAAAAGGUGUCGCUAGCAGUUGCAGCUGCUGUUGACAACAACAGUGAUCUGUGCUUUAACCAAGGUGGUGCUGACAGUCAUUUUGGCUUUAACAGCCAUGGAGAGCUCAGACAAUGCAGAACAAGGGGGCAGCGAACAGUCCGACUCUCAACGCAGGCAGCAGCGGGACCGCCUGGACCGAGAGGAGGCUUUUUACCAGUUUGUUAACAAUCUGAGUGAGGAAGACUACAGAUUGAUGAGAGACAACAAUCUGCUUGGCACCCCAGGCGAGAUUACUGAGGAAGAGUUGGCGAACCGCCUUCAGCAAAUCAAAGAUGGCCCUGAGCAGCUACACAACGAUAGCGGCAGCAACAGCGGUGGCGGUGGCGGCGGCGGCGGCAGCAGCAGCAGCAGCAGCGGUGGCAGCAGCAGCCCUGAAGGCAAUAGUGAACAGCCCCCAGUUCCAGUAUCGGAGGGGACAGAAGAAGCGUCCAAUGGCGACACUCUCCUCGACUGGCUCAACACUGUGCGUCAGACUGGCAACACCACGAGAAGUGGUCACCGGGGCAACCAGUCGUGGCGGGCGGUGAGCCGAACCAAUCCAAGUAGUGGAGACUUCCGUUUCAGCUUGGAGAUCAAUGUCAAUCGCAACAUAGCCGAGCAGCAAACACAGACUGACGCUGAGCGGCUGGAGGGAGACCAAGCCCCUCCAGAUGGUCCUGUGUCUGAGCCUGAGGCGCCCAUGGAGACAGCAGAGGUGGUCGAGGAGCCUGUGGUGGAGGAAAUGGCUGUCAUGGUGGAGCCUGAGCUGCCUGUUCCUGACAGUCCAACUGUAACCAGCCAACCUAGUCCACAGAUUCAGGUUUUAACUCCUCCAAUUGUUACCCCAGUAGAGCCACGUAGAGGCCAGAUUAGAGCACGUAGCCCAAGUCCGGAACAGCGCAGAACCAGGGCCCGUACAGCUAGGAGUCGUUUACCUCUCAACCUUGACCAGUUGGACGGGCUUCCUCAGGCACGCAGUGGCCUGCCUUCUCGCAGUCACGAACCCCUCUCGGAAGCAGCUCCUCAGAUAGAGGGCAGUUCCAGGACUAGGCUGCAUGUUCUGUCUAGGCAGAGCAGUGUUCAGGUGGAAAGCCAGGAGUCUGUAGCAGAUCCCGAGCCACCUCCAGCUCCUCAGCAAGGGGAGGCUCCUGCUGGAGAAGCAGGAGCUUCAGGCCGGCGCCCUCCGACUAUAAUGCUGGACUUGCAGGUGCGUAGGGUGCGGCCAGGUGAGUACCGUGAGAGAGACAGCAUUGCCAACCGCACCCGCUCUCGUUCGCAGACUUCCAACAACACUUUCUUGUAUGAAACCGAACGCGGAGGCUUUCGCAGGACCUUCUCCCGUUCUGAGCGGGCAGGAGUGAGGACAUACGUCAGCACGAUCCGCAUUCCCAUCAGGAGGAUCUCUGACGCUGGUCUUGGUGAGGCCACCUCUUUGGCUCUACAGUCAAUGAUCCGGCAGAUCAUGACUGGUUUUGCCGAACUUAGCUACUUUAUGGACUCCGACUCGGACUCUUCAGACUCAAACCGCGGUUCCAACCCCUCUACAGAUCUCCCUGACACGCCGGUAAAUCCUGACACUGCCAGCACUUCUGUACCUGAAGCUCCCGUUGCUAGUGCCGGAAUCUCAAACGAGGGUGAUGCCACAGAAGCACGAACAGAGGAGAGGGAGGGAAGUGCGGAACCCUCCCAGCAGCGAGAGAGCAGGCAGAGGCCGCGAGCUGCCAUUAGCCUCGAGGAGACCGCCUCUCUGCCCUUUCUGCGACUUGCACAUUUCUUCUUACUCAAUGACGAAGAUGACGACCAGCCCAGGGGCCUCACCAAAGAGCAGAUCGACAACCUCUCAAUGCGCAACUUCGGCGAGAGCGAUGCGUUCAAGACCUGCAGUGUCUGCAUCACAGAGUACGCAGAAGGUAACAAGCUCCGCAAGCUGCCCUGCUCGCACGAAUACCACGUGCACUGUAUCGACCGCUGGCUUUCGGAGAACUCUACUUGCCCCAUCUGCCGCAGGGCAGUCCUCGUUUCUGCCAACCGCGAGAGCGUCGUCUAGCUAUAGUGCAGAGUCUCCCAUCAUAUUUCAAUUAUUCUUUCGCCUUACAAUAGCAUUUGGUACCUUGUGAUGUGAGGUGUCUCAUAGACACGGUCAAACCCAACCUAUUUUAAGCCAUUGAAAGUUUUAUUGGAUGUGCGGAGUGCAUUUGUAGUGGCACAUACUUUGACAUGUUUAUAUAAAAUACCCUUUCUUUCGCUUGCUUUGAAACAUUGACUCACACACGAUGGAGUCCAUUGAAUAUUGUUCACCAAAAAGGUAACAGUUUCAAGAAUUGAGAACCAAUCAUUUGUACAUGAGCUCGGGUGUGAUGUGAAUACAUGAAUUUUGAUGGUUGAAGGAUCUAUUUAUAUACUUUUUUUUUUGUUUGUUUUGAUUAUCAUAAGUGUUGUUUGGGUCCGACUCAUGUCUGCAAUGUUAGGUUCUCAAACAUUAACCAGCGUCAUUAUUACUUAAGUAUACAUAAAUGUAGAGAACUUUAAUGUUAUUUAAUGCUUUUAUAUAGGUUAGGUUUGGGUUUGGCUUAACAAGAACCUUUCCUUCCACUUCGGCCUGGGUUUUCUGACACAGAUUAGGCCUAGUCUAAUGGACUAAAAGACAUAGCUAAAAGGAAAUCGU